AUGUCUUCCCACCAUUGUGCCUAUGCAGAUCUGCAAGGGGCGCCCGAGACGUACGCAUACCAUAUGGGCCGAGCCGAGAUUGAGGAAGACAUGGCAGCUUUCUACGCACCGGCCCAUUCAACGGGGUCCUCCUACAUAGACCUGGACCUGGACCCUUCCCUCCAUGCAACCCACGCCUACGACAACGCCAUGCUAUCAGGUAUAAGCAGCCCCUACCUCGCCUACGCAGACCAAUGGGCCCCUCAGCCUCCUCAGCCUCAUUCUCGACCCCCAACAGCAUCCCCAUACCAACAACCAACAACAUCAACAUCAACAUCAACAACCUACUACACCGACUAUUACACCCAAGCCCAACCCUCCCCGUCCCUCUUCCCUACCAGCCCCUCGCCCCUCCCAGACCCAAUGCACUCCUCCCCCCACACGCACCCGCAACUCGACCCCCACCAACCCAAGGACCUCUCGCCUUACGGCCACCUCAACGCCGACGGCAGCUGGCGCUGCGCGUACCCGGGCUGCACCUCCCCCGCCGUGUUCCGCCGCGGCUGCGACCUCCGCAAGCACUUCAACCGCCACCGCAAGCACCUCUUCUGCCGGCACGAGGGCUGCCCGCAGGCCAUCGCCGGCGGGUUCUCGAGCAAGAAGGACCGCGCCCGCCACGAGGCGAAGCAUAACCCCGGCGUGGAGUGUGAGUGGCCCGAUUGCGGGCGCGUGUUUAGCCGCGUGGACAAUAUGAAGGAUCAUGUGAGAAGGAUUCAUCGGAAGGGUGGGGGGUGUUGA